AUGGCAGGCAAAAUCAAAGUAUCAGCCAUCCAAGCAUGUCCAAUAGCGUUCAACUUGAUUGAAUCAAUCAAGAAAUUAGAGUUAUUAAUUGAAAAAACCAAAAAAGAUGAGGAUCCAGAUUUGAUCGUCUUCCCAGAAGCUUUCUUAUCUGCUUAUCCCAGAUUUCUGGAUUUUCAAAUCGGUAUGAGAUCUAAUGAGAGUAGAGAAUGGUUUACUAGGUAUGUCAGGUCAAGUGUCAAGAUCCCUUUGGAUGCUAUAACAGCGAAAAACUGGCUAGAUGAUAAUCCGGUAUACAAAGAAAACGAAGAAGAUGAUGAUGAAUUUUGGGCAUUUCAAAAAUUAUCUUUUAUCUCAAGAAAAUAUCAAAUCUACCUUUCAGUCGGGGUAGUAGAACGUUCAUUGAUAGGAUCAACGUUAUUUUGCACGAAUCUACUUUUCUCGCCUGCUGGAAAACUCUUAUCUAAACAUAGGAAACUACAACCUACUGCAGCUGAAAGGAUCGUUUGGUCUCAAGGUGACGCCACGAACCCGUCAUCUCCGCCCACCACUUCUACUGCUACUAUCGGUGAUAGUACCGUGGAAGGAGACGAUAACCUACCUGUUGUUCAGACUAGAUUGGGCAAAAUCGGAGGAAUGAUCUGUUGGGAAAACUUUAUGCCACUGGCCAGAUAUGCUUUGUACAGGAAAGGUGUCGAGAUAUACACUGCUCCAACUGCAGAUUCGAGACCUACAUGGUUGCCUGCAAUGCAACAUAUCGCACAAGAAGGUAGAUGUUUCGUCAUUUCCGUAAAUCAAUAUCAUGCAGCUUCCGAUUUCCCAGAAGAUUAUCCGCCUUCAUUGGCACUGAGUCAAAGUGAGAAAGAGGAAAACAAACCGUGGUCAAGAGGAGGUACAGCUAUAAUUGGACCCUUAGGGGAAGUCAUAGCAGGUCCACUAUGGGAUAAAGAAGGAAUCGUUACUGCUGAAAUCGAUUUGGAUACACUCCACGGUGCGAGAUUGGAUUUUGACGUUGCCGGACAUUAUUCUCGUCAUGAUUUACUGGUUGGACUGUUGAACGCUCCGGCUGAAUGUAUCCAAGAGUCUCGAUCGUAG